AUGGCAACUACUUCCCCCACAACUGCGACUCUAGCCCGAAGCUUGAACGCUAUCAAGCUAACUGAAUUUUCGAAUGAAAUCGAACGCAUCCAAGCCCUUCAAGCCGCUUAUGCGCUCAUUGGCCGCCUUGAAACUCCCUGGGAGACCAUUGUGAGGCUAGGCAUGAAUCAACCGGCCCUCUCGGCGAGCCUGAAGGUUAGCAAAGACCUAGAGCUGUUCGAAAAAUGGCAUGGGCGUGAUGAUGUGCCUAUGACCAGCUCCCAGGUGGCAGCUAUGGUCGGCGCUGACGAUGCUCUCCUUGUACGCUUACUACGCCACUUGGCGGCGAAUCAUAUGCUUGAAGAGCCUUCUGAAGGCAUGUUCAAACCUACACCGUUCACUCUUUCACUUGUGGCGCCUGUCUUUGGGGAGUGGAUUCAUUAUAUAUACGACGCCAUGAUUCCUUGCUUCUACAAGAUGCCCGAGUACCUGUCGAAAACCGGCUACAAGAAUCCUGUGGACCCAGCGAACGGUGUAUUCCAAUUCGCCAAGAACUACAAGGGAGAUCUGUUUCAGUACUACGACUCGCACUCGCGCGAGGGUCAAUCGUUUAACCAUGUCAUGGGUGCAGUCAUGGCGCAGCAGGCUAGCUGGCUGGACAUAAUUCCUCACGAUAGGAUUGUCGCAGACCACCUUAGCGGGCAGCCGCUGGUGGUCGACGUUGGGGGGAACAUCGGUCACGAUCUUGAACGAUUCCGAGAGGCCCAUCCAGAGACAGCCACAGAUCUCUAUCUGCAGGACAGGGCCGAGGUCAUCCAACAUUCAAAGUGCCCGGACCCCGUCAACAAGAUGGCCCACGACUUUUUUCAGAGCCAACCGAUUCAAGGUUCGCGUGUGUAUUAUAUGCACGGGGUCCUACACGACUGGCCUGAUGAGCAGGCAUGUAAUAUUCUCAAGAUGACUAGAGAGGCGAUGCGGCCGGGGUAUAGCAGGCUUCUAAUACACGACCAUGUUGUUCAAGAGCAGAUGGCACAUCCGCAUACAACAUCAUAUGACUUGACCAUGAUGGUCAAAAUUGCAGGUCAGGAGAGGACAGAAUCGCAGUGGACCAAGCUUCUACGUCUUGGUGGACUGAAGGUCGUAAAGAUAUGGAGGUCGCCCCUGGCAGUGCAGGGCAUCAUAGAGGCUGAACUAGCCGAAGAAGCUGUGUCGUCUUAA